GUGGCAGCUAUUUUCAUCUCAGGACUGCUCGGUCAAAAAGGGUUGAGAGCGGGGUUGAAAGGGCAAAAGUACUAGCAGCUCGCUCCGCUCGAUUCCGCCACAGCUAAGGAUGGCGGCGGCGGCGGCGGCGGCGGCGGCGAUACUCGAGCUGGACCCGUCGCACGAGCGCGCCAGCCGCGUUAUCGACAAUAUCGUGCGGCUGGAGAGGAGGAUCUUCCCGAAGCAUGAGUCGCUGGCGCGAUCCAUCCACGACGAGCUCAAGCGCCGGAACUCCGGCCUGAUUUACAUGGCAUCCAGCGGCGUCGCAGGAGGCGACGGUGAUGAGGUCGUCGGGUACGCCAUGUACACCUGUCCGACCUCCCUCUGCGCCUCCAUCACCAAGCUCGCCGUGAAGGAGAGUUGCAGGCGGCAGGGCCACGGCGAGGCGCUGCUGGCGGCCGCCGUGGAGCGGUGCCGGAGGAGGAGGGUCCAGCGGGUGUCCCUCCACGUGGAUCCGGCGAGGACGGCCGCUGUGGCGCUGUACCGGAAGGCCGGGUUCCAGGUCGACGCCACCGUCGUGGGCUACUACGCGCCGCAGAGGGACGCCUACCGGAUGUACAUGGAUCUGUAGGGAUCAUCAAGGAGGCCAAGCUCAAGAACCGGUGCUCAAUGCCCAUGACCAUUGCGAGAAUUGAGCGUGCUAGCUAAUUGUGAUCGACCAGUAGCACAAAGCCAUCAAUACUUCUCAGAAUUGAUAAAAGCUCCGACGACUUCUGAUCCUGUGGAUGUUUUGUGCCGAUGACUAUUGUAGUCUCAAACUGUACUAGCGAUCUGUUUGGAGGAUUGCCCAAGAUCAAGUUGAUUCUCGCUUGGUUCUGGAAAGAAUCCCACAUUUCGAAUGCUGCCAUGGUUUCAGUUACAGCUGCAGAUAUAGCUCAAAGUGUCAGAUAAUUGAGUUCAGAGAUGCUGCCACAUCAAUUUCUCCUCCAAGGUCAAGCUAACUUAGUUCGAUGGAAAUUCUUGAAUAAUUUUGAGCCUCCUGCCUCCUGGCUAGUGUCUGUGUCACGCUGUCACUGACACACAUGGAACAGCCAAGUUUGAUUCAAGAGCCCCUUGCAAGUAAAAGCUGCUUUACUA